GUGGCUUCUGAAUAAAUUAAAUACAAAUUCGGACCGAGAUAAUUUGGUUACAGACGAUUUGCUGAGAUGUUUCUUUCUAAACUUUAAUUUUAUAGACAUUAAAACAAACAUUAUUAAUUUUUAUAGACAUUUUUAAUACAAAAGAUUAAACUUUUGAAUCCGUGUUUUCAUGUAUAAAAAAUAAUUUUAUCAACUCAAAAAUUAUCCGCAUUUUUGUCCAUUUUAUUAAAAAAUUUAUUUUAUUGUAUGUAUUUACUCGGAGAAUACCUAAUUUUUUUUUUGUAUACGCUCCCGAAAACAGCUGUUUUCCCGUUGUGAAUAUUUUUUACAAAAUCUAAUAAAAUAAUAAAGACGUUUGAAGGCUGUGGUUUAGUGACAUCAAUCAUUGUCAAAAAUGCAAUUUUUAACCGAACGUUGUUUUUACACAUUUCUCAUCGCAUUCUUGGCAACAUUUGCAAUUUUAACCCCGAUUCUUAUCAUUCAAGUUGGUAAAAAAACGCCCCAAUAUGUCUAUUUAUUUCAAGACGCGCAGGGGGCCUCGCACCCCACUAAAUCAAAAAGACUUUCAACUUCACCACCUGACAAGUAUUACACCUUUGAUGAACUGGACGAAUAUUUGAACAAUUUUGCCACUCAUCGGGAUAUUCUCUUUUCAAUAGAUGCGAUUAGUGAAACUGAAUAUCUCGCAAACCCUAUUUAUGAAAUCUGUCUCAAGAAGAAGGGGGAUCCUAAACCCAUGGUGAUUAUAGUGUCUGGAAUACAGGCCAAAGACUGGACCAGUGUCUAUACCUCGAUUUAUAUGAUGCAUCUGUUUUUUUCGGACCUUAAAGGGACCACAAAAAUUUUGGAAGAGUUUAAUUUUCAUUUUAUACCGUUAUUGAACCCCGAUGGGUAUUACUUGUCCACGACUUGGGCAAUUUAUUCGAAUUGGAUUAACAAUACCGGUAAUUUUGACGAAUCUGACCAUGUAACUCCUAAGGGACAUAAUGUUUUGUAUGAUUUUGGGAGAUUUUCGGAGAACACAGAAGAAGCUAAAACUUUCAAAGACUACUUUAUGGAACACAAAAGUCAUAUAAAAGCUAUUUGUUUUCUAUUUUCCCCCACAAACGUGUCGUACAAGUCGGACAAAUAUUUUCAGUUUUCAAGAGAUUAUUUAAACAACGAUGACGCCAGAAAGAACUUUUUGGAAGAUUUAGCAAGUAAAUUUUCUCGAAACAAUUCUUCCUUUAAGUAUGUGAGGGAUCUUAAGGAACCCUCGGAACAGAGAAUUGACGAAUGGAUAAUAUCAGUGACGAGUUCCAAGCCUAUUUUAGUAAUCAACUUUAUUGCAGACUUCGGACCAAGGGCUACAGAAGUCGUUUCAAAAAUCUCUAGAGCGUACGCUCGUGAAAUUCAUGCUAUAAUUACAGACAUUCUGACGUCUCUCAAGACUAAGUUUAACACUUUUUGAAAUUUGCGCCCGAAUUUAGGGAUUUCAGUUGUCACUAGUUGAGGUUAUGUCAUUUGUAUUUGAAAAAAAUGCUUGAAUUGUACGAUUUUUUAAAUGAUGAAAGUGAUAAAACGAGUUUUUCUAUGUUUGUGUCGAUUCUGUGUCUCAAAGUUUUGUACAUUAUAGGAAUGACUUUUUAUAUCAUGUCGAGAUUUACUGAAAUUUUAUCUUAAAAAUGUUCUACGUUAAAAAUGUAGAUGUUGACAUUUUUUGUCGCUUGUGGCUUAAACCGCUGCAUUGUAGCCUUCCGCACUCAACAAGCCGUGGAUUUUAUCCAAAAAGGGCGACGAUAAUGUUUCAAUUCCACUUGAAGUUUCCAAACUUU